CUCCGGCUCCCGGAAGCGGAAGGGGAGCGCGGCCCGGCCUGGGCGACGGCGGCGGCGCCGGCGGAGGAGGAGGGGGAAGAGCGGCUGGCGGCCGCGAGAGCAGCGGCGGCGAGAGGCGAGCCCGCCGGCGCCGAUUCUCAUGGAGAACUGUUACUGAGGAGAGAUCCAUUUGUUGGGAUGUAAUUAAAAAAGGAAUGAAUCAAGAUAAAACCUCUAAAUGCAAGCACCAGAAAAAUUACAACACAUCUUGGUGAAUUUGCAAGUUGGAUCGUCUUUCCUUGUGGGUUGGCACGCAGUUGUAGGACUGCAAAAUGGGUCUCCGGAUUCACUUUGUUGUUGACCCGCAUGGUUGGUGCUGCAUGGGUUUGAUUGUCUUUGUCUGGUUAUACAAUAUUGUUUUAAUUCCCAAAAUUGUCCUCUUUCCUCACUAUGAAGAAGGACAUAUCCCAGGCAUAUUAAUAAUAAUAUUCUAUGGCAUUGCCAUAUUUUGUCUGGUUGCUUUAGUGAGGGCCUCAUUUACUGAUCCUGGAAGACUCCCUGAGAACCCUAAGAUUCCACAUGGAGAACGGGAGUUCUGGGAAUUAUGUAACAAAUGUAAUUUGAUGAGACCAAAGCGUUCCCAUCACUGUAGCCGCUGUGGCCACUGUGUUAGGAGAAUGGAUCAUCACUGUCCAUGGAUUAACAAUUGUGUUGGUGAAGAUAAUCAUUGGCUUUUUCUGCAGUUGUGUUUCUACACGGAACUUCUUACUUCCUACGCUCUGAUGUUUUCUUUCUGCCACUAUUAUUACUUUCUUCCCGUAAAAAAGCGUAACUUGGACCUCUUUGUUUUUAGACACGAAUUGGCCAUAAUGAGACUAGCUGCCUUUAUGGGCAUUACUAUGUUAGUUGGGAUAACAGGACUUUUUUAUACUCAACUAAUUGGCAUCAUCACAGAUACAACAUCUAUUGAAAAGAUGUCUAACUGUUGUGAAGAAAUAUCGAGGCCCCGAAAGCCAUGGCAGCAGACCUUCUCAGAAGUUUUUGGCACUCGUUGGAAGAUCCUGUGGUUUAUUCCUUUCAGGCAGAGGCAACCACUGCGAGUUCCCUACCACUUUGCCAAUCACGUCUAAACAGAUGGAUGGUGGGCACAGAUGGGUCCUCCACGCUGGAAAUGCGUUACAGGUUUUCUGAUAAUAGAACUAUGACAGUCUUCAAGUCAAUUAAAAUCCACCCACCAAUCUUAGGCAUCAUAAUGUGCCCCAGGCUUUAUUUUAAUAGUGAUCUUGAUCCUGUUGUGGGACUAAUACGAGAUCUAUAUUUAAGUUUUAAAGCAUGUUUACUUUCAAAUUAGCUUUCCACAGGGAUUUCUUUAAAUGCUUUUGUGAGUAGACCCCAAAGGCAGUGAUUGAGAUGAAAUAAUUGUACAUAAUUUUUUUUAGUACUGACAAUGUUACAGAUUUUAAUUUAUGGGAAAUUUCAGAUGUUUAUUUAAAUUUUUCACUCUUAAGCAGUACUAACCAAAUCUGAAUUUCAUUCUUUGGGUUUACAAAAGUUGAUACACCUUAUAUUAUAUGUAAGUUUUCUUUUUCAAAUACAUCAUAAUUUAAAUAGCAAUACUGCCUUUUAUAUGUGCUGCAGGAUUUUUUUUUAAUGCAGCAUAGAUUGAACAACAAUGAAAAACCAAAAAAAAAAACCAACAGAAAAAGGGCAGUGUUUUCUUAGAAGUAGCUCUCUAUAAUGUUUUCUGUUUUUCUCUUCACCAAAAACAAAAUAAAAACGCCACUAAAAUAAAAUACCAACUACCUACCUGAUUUUAAAGGAAAGAUGAAUUUUUUUUCCAUAUUAACUUUCUCACUUCUUUUCCCCGCACUGAUAUAAUUAUUGGUUGUUGUUAAAAUAAUUGCUCCAAGUCAGAAUUUUUGACCACAUGGGCAUGAAUUCUAUUUUACACUAAGAUUUUGAUGAGCAAAAAGGGUAGAGAAUUUGCAAUAAUUCCACAGGUACCUUUUCUCGUACAGUUAUAUUAGAAUGAAUAUGUUUUUAAAAUGCUAGUGUACUAGAUAAUAUAUAAUGUACAGUGUAAAGAAGAAUAUUGUGCUUUUAAAAACAUAUAUAUAUAUACUUUUUACUUUUAUUUACCUACUAGUACAUCUAAAAUUACACAUUGAAGGUUUAUAUGUAAUAGAUAUUGACCAACUAAAUAAUAAAAUUUUAUUUGUAGGAAGUUGCUAGUAAAAAUUAGUAAGUAACCUUUGUGUACCCAUAAUCACCCAAAUCAAAAUGAAAUUUUAAUCGGCCAACUAUAAAUUUGGAUUGAAAGACCAUUUGUUAGUAGCUAAUGUUAAGAAAUGACCUUAGAAAAUAUAAAGAUCUAUAUUUACCAUUAGCUUAUGCAAAUUUAAAUGGCUAAUGGUGAUGGUCUCUAGGAAAGCAGAGAAGAUCUGUGUGAAAAGACAUUUAGCAGACUUUGAAAAAAAUUCAGCCUUUACAUUUUUUUCCAUUAGAAUACUGCAAAAUCCAUAUAUCUUUUUAGAAAAUGUAUGUCCUCACAGUCUUUGAAGAGAAGAUUGAAGGGGUCUGCUGUUCUUGGAGCAUAUCAAUAUUUUUCUUUUAGUUAGUUUUGAGAGUAAGGAGUCACACCUGAGAAAUCAUGAAACCGAAGAUUUCCGUUGUCAGCCAAUUAACUAUACUGUAGUUAGUUCUUCCAGGAAUUGUAAAUAUCUUCUGAAAUAAUCAAAUAAGCUGUUCUCAGAGAUAUAAAUACCAUGUCUUUUAUGUUCUGACUGCAGUGCUUUAUUAUUUAAAAAUGUAGAAUUGGCAGAUGAAAAUAUUUAUUGGUGCUGAUAAGAUGCAUAGUAAAUUUAAUAUGAGAAUUAUAUUUAUAGAGCCUAAUGAACCACAAAAUUAGUAUGUUCAUGUCAGGCAACUGGGUUGAGUUUCAUGCAAGCUAACAUAUUGACCAAAUUUUGGUCUGGUGACAGAACCGUUAUAGGGAAGUAAUGUGUAGAUAUAUAAAUAGGUCUCAGUCAAAUGCCUUAUGCUGUAUACAUUCCUGUCAGAUGAGAACCUUGAGAAAAAGCAAAGCCUACUGUAGAUCCCCCCAGGGAGCUUUUUGGACAUAUUUAUACAUCAUAUAGUAGCAGUAGGUGCACACCUGGGAGGUCCUCAGUCCCAACCUCUGCCUCGGCAAGGAGAGCUGGAGGUGGUCCGUUUCUCACUCCAAAGGUGGUUUUUGUUUUCUUAGAUACACCACUUCUAGGCACACUUCCUUCCCUCCUUUCUCUUUACCCUCCCUGCUCCUGAUCCCACUACUUGAGUCCUCUAAGUUACGGGGAUAUAAAUUGAUACACUAGGCAAGGCAUAUAUUUAUUUUGUUUGAAUGGCAGAAAUGCUAUAUAUCAAUCUAUUUAUAUAAGAAUCUAUAUUAAAGCAUAGCUAUAUAUACUUAUGCUGUAACUUUCAGUAUUCCCAAGUUAGCACACCUAACUGGGUUUAUAAUUCUUGUGCCAGGACUUGAAAGAAACCAACUGGCAGUUUGCUAGGGAGUGCAGGAAGUCUAGUUGUGUUCUGUCUGCGCCCUCUUUUGGCUAAUCAGUGUAAUUAUACUGGCUCUAGAGAUCAACAGUGCCACAAUUAACUGUAUAGCCUAAUCCUGAACAUGCCAGAAUUUAGGGGCAGUGUAUGUACAAAAAUGUAUGGGUUUAUGAAAAUCAGUGUGUUCCACUUUAUAAUGACGACGUCUAGUUCAUAUAAGUGUGAUAAGUACUUGGCUUCAUUUAUGUAUAUUCUUAUAUUUUUUUACUCUCAAUUAGAAAUUUCUAUUAGAUCAGGAUAAACAAAUGUAAACCAUUUCAUGAAUUUUAUUUUAAACCUUACCUUGGCAAAUUAAGUCCUUAGAAUUAGGAAAACCGUUACUUUAAAUGCCCAAUUUAUUACAAAACACAGAAAUUUACUGUAGUUACAUCAGCAAGCAAGUACCUAAUGUGUUUUGAUGGAUAUUAAAAAAAAUAUGUUUAAUUAUUUUUUCAUCUCAGUUUUGGAAUGACUUUUUUUUUUGCCUGACUCUACUGCAUUAAAAAAAUAAGAGGUUUAGUAAUUCUUUCUAUACUUUUUUUUUUUUUUUUUUUUUUUUUUUUUAGCUCUCCUAUCCAGAGUUACAGCUGUAACUUUAGUAGUCAUUGUGUUAGGUAUUUUGGAUAACCAUGAAAAUAAGAAAUGAUGCUGAGUUAGUAAAUAGUUACAAGCAGUGGGAUCACUGAUGUGAUCUGUUUGUUAGAAGUAGUAUUUCCUUAUAAACAUUGCAUUUCAUUUUAGGCAAAAUAUGUGUUAAAGGAUGCUUUAUAUCAGUCAUGUUUGUGGCGGGGGUCUGGAAAUGAAAGAUUUUUAGCUAGAUGCUCUAGGUUACAUCUCUUGAACAAUUCUAUUUGUUGUUGUUCUCUUCUGUAAACAAACAUGUUUAUGGGCCCUAGAUUAUGGGGAAAAAUUGACUGAGUUCAGAGUCCCCCAAACUGUAGGUAUUCGGUUAAAGAGCUUUUGGUACUUUAUAACCAAGACCUAAAGAGUUUUUAAAAUAUGUGAAGGUGUUGCAUUAUAAGAAAAAUACUAUUUUGCUUAAGAGUUGUAUUAAAAAUAUUUGUGAUUAACAUAAGAGAUAGCUGUAUUUAACAUUUUAGUUGAUGUAUUAAUCUCUUUUAACAGAAGAAGACAUAGUUUACUUUUAAUUGUAAUGGAAUUAGAGAACAUAAACAUACCUAACAUUCAGUAUAACAACUAAGUUAAAACUUCUGUCAGACUGAACAUCAGUGAAUUUUUGCUGAUGCUUAGGGGUAUUUUUCUCUAAGGAUGCUGGCUAAUUAAAACCAUUCAUCACCAGGCUUUUUCAGGUCACUUCCAUAAAAGUAAUUACUUGAACGUGUAUUUCACCCAAAAGGAUAUAUUAUUUCUGAACGCUAAUCGUGAAGACUUAGGUUAGAAUAACACUUCCAACCAGGAAAUGUGAAGUAGUUUAGAUUAUGGCCACACAGUUUUCUAUGUGUUAGAUCAGAGGGCAGUUUCAGUGUUCUCACAUGUGUUGCUCUAAAAUCAAUGUAUCCAGCCCUAGUUUACAAUGGCAGUAAUGUUAACAGAGCAGCUAGUCUCUCCCUGGGCUUUUUUCUAGUCUCUAACUAGUCCCUUGUGCUUCAUGUAUUUAUAGAUUAUCUAGCUCAAGUUUACUAAACUAUUGCUGCCUCAGUAAAUAAAAUUUUGAAAUCACCUCUAAUUUAUGUAGAUAUACUUGAAUUUAUUUGGGGAAGCUUAUACUUAUAAACAUCAAACAAUUUACUAAUAGAGACAAGUAUUAGAUUUUUUUACCUGACCUACUCUUGCUUUAAAAAAUUUAAGUAUUGGAAGAUGUAGUUAUUCGUGUACAUUUAGUAUAUUCUACUUGCUAAUGUUAUUAACCAUAUAAUUAACAGUUCAAUGAAUGUAUUAUUUAAUGUCUGCAUUUGUUACCUUCUACUCUAAGAAUCAUCCUCUGUUUAUCUAUAAAUCAAAAAUUUCAUUAUGUUCUGAAUUUAGCCGUCCUCAGUUGAAUUCUAGAAUAUUCUACAGUAGAAAUGUGAGAAAGUAAUCGAAGCAACUUGCUUGAAGUAGUCUGAACCCAUGUUGUUAUUUUAUAAAUCAGCCAGUAUUUAUCAUUUCUGCUACCUUUGGGACGAUGAUAGUUUAAUUUCAGGAGAGUGUUUUCUCUGAUGUCUCCUUUCAUUUUCAUUGUGCAAUUUUUAACAACAAAAUUUUUGUCUAGUUCUGCUCGUGCUUAUUUGAAACAGAAGUAACAGUGGUAUUUACAGUUCUUCAGUUGAUAUUGCCAGUAUUUUUCAUUAUCAUUUUAUUUAUAUUUUAAUAUUAUAUGUGCUUUUCCCAUUGUGCACUGUAGAGGGCAGGUACAAAUGAGUAGCGAGUAGCCAAAAUUGGGUAGAGAGAAUAGGGGAGUUUACAGCGAUGGAGAGAAGGCUGGACAGGACGUGGGUAAGCAGCAUCUCAGCCACAGGGCUGACGGGGUGCUGUUCUGUGACAUCAGGAAAGCCCCCGGGCUGCAAUCAUGUGAUUCAUCUAAGCCUUCUUUCUUGUUGAUAUCAUUUUACUGUGAGAGUGGCUACUGCGUGUAAGCAUUUGGUUAGAGCCAUUUUAUUUCUAUUACUGAUUCUCAUCAGUUGGCCAGAUGCCUUUGAGAAAUGAUUAUCUAUUUUAAAUAUCGUACUUCUGUAGCAUAUGCUCACCUGAAGUGUUACAAAUAAUGUGCAGAGGGAAAAUGGACAGGUUGCUGAAAGUUUGAAAAGUCCAGGUCCUUUUUUACAAGCUUCCUAUUGCAGAGAAAGCAUACGGAGUUUUCUAGUCAAUAAAAUCAGCCAUUUGUUUAUAAAGGAUGAUUUUCACUUUAAAAUUUGGGCUGUUUUGGAGUUCUUGAUCCCCCAGGAGGUCACCUAACCCAUCAGUAUCAUCAUAAAUACCUGUCAGGUAAUGUGGUACUGACCACAACUGUUCACCACUUGGAGCUUUUUUGGUAUUGAUCGCUUUAUAUAUAAACAGAGAUGUGGACAAAACAGCAACAACAAAAGAUGUGUUUAAUUUUGUGGUUUUGCCUGCCUGUUGGACAAAGUGUGGGGUUUAUUCGUGUAGUCUGGUAACUAAAGGGGAAGCUUGUCUGCAUGUUGGAGCUCUGCGCUCUUGCCAGUGUGCGUCGGGUGAUACUUUAACCUAUCGGUGCCUGAAGUUAGUGUUUUACAACCUCAGCAACUGAAACAUCCUGGUGCUACUCGCUUUAGCGUUGAGUGAGUGACAUUUUUAAUUCCUGUACCAAAGAGUUAAUUUUUUUUUUUUUUAAAUUCUUGGUUGCCUAAGACUUUUCUUCUCUCAUCCUUGUGAACAGUGUUCCUAAGAACAAUUUUGAUGAACACAUCUUCGUUUUUGCACACUGCUGCCUCCGUUUAAUUGGUUUUAAAUGUCUCCCAUUUGGAUUUUUUUAUAUAUAUAUAUAUAGUUAGGCAUAUUGGUAUGGUUUUUCAUGCUGUAUUAAAAUAGAGUUCCUCUAUAUUUUAAUAUAGAUUGGCUGCUUUAAGAGGUAGUUUAAUAGGUUGAGGUUCCAAAAGAUAAUUGAACACUUUUCACAAGAUUUUUUUAUUUUGUUUUUCUUUCUGCAGAAGUAAGUGAAAUAUAAUAAGAACUCUCCUUUGAUUUCUAUAAAUGAGCCACAUAGCUUACUGAGCCCUUUUAAUGAAGGCUGAAACAAAAUCCCAAAAUGAAAACUUAAGGGCCCUCUCUGAUUAUCAGUGAAGAAUCCUGCAUCUGUGUAUGUUUGAGGGUCGGGGGGUGUGUAACCCUUGGUGGCACUGAAGAAUGAUGUUGCCAUUUGUCUUUUUUGCAAAUAAAGAUAAAAUUAAAGAAGACCUUAAAAAAUAUAUAUGCGUAUACACGCACACACACACACAUACACGCACACACUUUCCCAAGAAGAAAUGCAAAUGUACGUUCAUUUAAGCAAAACUACUAAUAGAAAAUUGAACUUCACAAAACACGCACACAAAAGAAGUCUGGUUGUUGUUAGUCACUUUACAUAAAAAGUUAGAGUAAAAUUAUUUUAAAAGCUAAUUCUGCUUGGUGGUUCAUUUUAUAAAAAAACGGGGGGGGGCAGAAAAUACGAAAACUUGUAAUUGUCCCAAUGCUAUACUGCUAUGUACACUAGUCUGGUUCCUUUUUUUUUCCCACAAAUUUUCACACUACUUUAGUGUCUUUAAAACUGCAACUGUAAUAGUUAAAAUUUCUGGCAAGAAGGUAACUUGUUCAUGUAUUGGAAAAGUAGACAAUCACAUUUGAGAAUGUUUUGCAUUAUUUUCAAUCAACUGAAAAUCAAUCUCUCCUUGAAUGUAGAUACAAUAUAUGGUUUUGCAGUGAUUUCUGAAUGGAAAAAAAUUCAUUAAAUGAAAUUACUUAGGAUCAUUUGAAUUAAAUAUAGAAAUAUAUAUGGACAUGCCAUUAGAUAUAAAGGGAAAAUAUGUAAGCAAAAUGGAAAGAAGCAACAGUAUGUCUCUAAUUGUCAACAAUGUACAAUUCUAGAUUCUGUUGCUACAAUAUUGAUUCUGAGUUUUUUGGCUUGUUUAUGUAUUAUUUAAAUUAGUGUGGCUGAGUGUAGUUAUGUGUUCAAGUUAGUGGUAGUGGAUAGUUCACCACUAUCUGUUGUCCUCCAGAGAUGAAUAUGAAAAGAAGUUCUACUUCAGCAUAGGUAGAAUGAAACAGCUGAGAUGAUAUGAUAGGGAGAAUUUCCUGCACAAUUAGAAAUACUCAGACAAGUGAGUUGCAAGUCUAACAUGGUGGGGUGGGUUGGGAGGCGGGGGCUUUGGGAGGCUUGAACACAGUUGACCAUGCUUGUAUGGGCUGUGUGUCCCCAGAAUAGGCUUUUUAAAAAUCUGACUGGCAAGUUUAAUGAAUGGGCAAAAUCUGUGAUAUCUGGGGACUUGUGUCAACCUCUAAUUGUGUCUAAUGUUCUAUCCCUAAGAUAUAAGGCUUUUAAUAGUGCUGUGUUCCAAGUGCCAUAUAAAGAUCCCAGUUUUAAAUAUGUCAGGUUGUUUUUUUGUUUGUUUGUUUUUUUGUUUUUUUUUUUUUUCAUUCAGUGCAUAUGUUUAGAUCUGAGGGCUGUUCUGCUGCAUUGUCUGUUUUACCUUUUCUGGUCCCUCAAGAGCAUUUAAAGAAAAUCUUCAGUAACAUUUCUAAUGCUCAUGGUAAAAAGGAAAAUAAUGGUUGAGAGACACGAGCCUAGAUUGAAAAGAGGGAGGAAGGUGACUAGCAGGAGCCAUGUAUCUGAGAUAAACUUGUUUAAAUGAAAAUUCUACACUGGUUCUUAAAAUGAAAAACCAUGUAUCUACCAUAAGAACAAUGUCUUUUUAAAAAAAUAUGUUUUAGUGAUUUUGUUUUUAUUCAUGUAAUAUUUCUGUUUUCCUUUGCAGAUUGUUUUUAAUUUAAAUUGUGGAAUUUUUACUUCUCUUGAAAUGUAUUAUGUACUGUAUUUUUAGAAAUCUUAUUUUUAAAUAAAUAUUUUUUAAAAACAUA